CGCAGCUUCGUCAAAACCCUCACGGGGAAGACCAUCACCCUCGAGGUCGAGUCCAGCGACACGAUCGACAAUGUUAAGAGCAAAAUCCAAGACAAGGAAGGCAUUCCUCCGGAUCAGCAGCGCCUGAUCUUCGCCGGCAAGCAGUUGGAGGAUGGCCGGACCCUGAGCGACUACAACAUUCAGAAGGAAUCGACGCUCCAUCUCGUCCUCCGUCUCCGAGGUGGUCUGAUCGAGCCCUCGCUCAAGGCGUUGGCGAGCAAGUACAACUGCGACAAG